GAUUGAAGCACAGAGAGACAGAACCAAACCACACCCCGUGAACGUGGCUGGAGAAAGGGCUGGAGCGAACCUCAUGUUAUUACGGUGUUUCUUCUGCUGUUGCGACAGAAUAUCUACCUCUAUCUAAACCGGUAACUCUAACUUAGAACGGGCUUUCGCGUUCGGAUAGGACAUAGCCAGGAUAAACGGUCAAAUAUAUUGCUCCUUUGCAAACAGAGACAUCAUCCUCGACCAUUUCUGUGUCUGUCUCCCAUUGAAGAUGUUUUCCACGGCCACAAGAAACUUUGUGGAGGAGAUAGAUGAUGGCAGCUUGAUCCCUGUGUCCAGUCUGAUUGACUCAGACAAACUAGUCCCUCUCUCACUGGUUGUGAAACGCAAGCGUUUUUGGAUUUGGCAGAAACCCAAGUACCUGCCCACUGAUUUUACCCUCAGUGAUGUACUGACUGGAGACACACCCUUAACCCCAGUUGUGGUCAAGACUGAUUUCCUAAAGUACCAAGGGACAUUUGGUGACAACAAAUCAGGAAACUUUGAGUCAAAUUUGGUUGCUGUAAACCUUAAAGUGGAGGGGAAAGACACAUCUAAACUCCAGUCGUCCUUCGGCAGCCUGAAGAAAGAGGAGGUGGAUGUACAGAAGUUGCUGCGCGACUCCAAAGACAAGCUUCUGGACAUGUCCCACUGUCUGAUGCAGCAGACCCGUGAGAAGACCAGGGAGGUGUUUGGGGUGGUGAAGGAGAGGAUUGUGACGACCCAGCCGUGUUCGGUCAUAGAGGAGGUCCAGCAGGGAGGGCAGUUAGAGGAGCUGCUGAGCUUCUGUGGGCCCAAGAGCACCCAGGUGUCUGUGAAGGAGAACAGCAGUCUGCACAAAGACAGCAACGUGUCUCUGGAGAUUCCUGCCCAUACCGUCAUCGCUUACUGCAUUAUUGAGCUGGAGAUCAAACUCAACGGACACUAUGAGCUGUGCCUAAUGUCCGACACUCUUGGGGGGUUUGAGGUGGAUGGGCCUGUUAAGAAGAGCUUAGUGGGGGUGCCUGGCGCUCACGACGACACCCCAAAGAAAAGCUGCUUUCAGAGAGAACUGGAGAAACUGAGUGGUCAUUUCCAGCUGCUGUCAGUCCUGCCAGCAGCCACACGUUCCUCUCUGCUCCAGCUCCUCAAGACAACCAUGGUGGACAGAGAGGCAGUCAGUGUGCUGGAGAGUGUGCUGGACCAGAUGUGCACAGGUAAGACAGCUGACCUGGGUGAGGUUAAGGAAGCGAAUCAGAUGCAGACAGUCCAGGCCAUACUGGACCUUCUAGAGCAUUCCGACUCCAGCCCGACACCCUCCCUCCUCAGUGAUUCCAGCCAGACACCCUCCCUCCUCAGUGAUUCCAGCCAGACACCCUCCCUCCUCAGUGACUCCAGCCAGACACCCUCCCUCCUCAGUGAUUCCAGCCAGACACCCUCCCUCCUCAGUGAUUCCAGCCAGACACCCUCCCUCCUCAGUGAUUCCAGCCAGACACCCUCCCUCCUCAGUGAUUCCAGCCAGACACCCUCCCUCCUCAGUGAUUCCAGCCAGACACCCUCCCUCCUCAGUGAUUCCAGCCAGACACCCUCCCUCCUCAGUGAUUCCAGCCAGACACCCUCCCUCCUCAGUGCCACUCAUCUCAUUAUCAGUGCCAUGGAUGGAAUGACAGAUGAGGGUCUCUCUGUGUUGGGACCCUGUUGCAGUCCUCCAGUCUUACAGGCCCUGCAGAUCCUGGUGCAGCAUGUGGCAGCAGGGAGUGGGGAGACCCUCUCUCUGAGAGAUGCAGGUCUGGCUGUUCUGACGGAGGAGGUGUUUGGGAGGACAGAGAGUCUCUUUGGUCACUCUAAAGUUACACUGAAGAGAGAGGAGGACACACUGAGGACAGAGAUGAAGGACCAGCCUGGAUACCUUCCUCUAGUCAUGAGUAUCACUGUGAAAGGCCUGGCCUCUUUAGUGUAAGGAGAGAGACUGAGGAGCGGUUUCCUUCCUCUCCGGCAACUGAGUUAGGAAGGGCCCCUGUAUCUUUGUAGUGACUGGAUGUAUUGACUCACCAUCCAAAGUGUAAUAAAUAACUUCACCAUG